CCCAAGUGUCCAUCAAUUCAUGAGUGGAUCAUUAAAAUUUGAUAUUUAGGAGCAAGGACAUGGUCCAAAGUUUCCAGCAUUGUGUAAAGCAUCAGCUGAGUGCCUCAGGAUGGAGGAAAAGACAGGCACUCUUAUCUGGAAGGACAUAUAGGACUUAACAGUAUGACAAAGUAAACUCAAAAUUAUAAUCACUAGCGUCUAGUGUUUUUCAGACUCAAGAAGAAAAAAAGUCAUGGGGAACCACCAGAACCACCAGAAAGAUGGAUAUCUGAGAGCAGCUGCUUGAAAUAUUAAUCUCAACAAAGGUAGUUUAGACAUAAAGAAGAGGGAAACUCCUUCAUCUAAUGGAAUUCCUGGACAAAUAUAAAUUUGUGUAUAGGAAGGCUUGAAACUGCAGAGAGGUGUUGAAAUGGACAGCAAUAAACACCAAAGAGAAAGGAACAAUUGCCCUUGACUUGGCUCAAGGCAGUGAUGAGAAAUCACACAGCAAUAACAACAUUCAUCCUGCUGGGAUUGACAGAUGACCCAAAACUACAAGUUGUGCUUUUCAUAUUUUUAUUUGUCACCUACAUGUUAAGUGUGACUGGGAACCUCACCAUUAUCACCCUCACACUUUUGGAUUCCCAUCUUAAAACUCCCAUGUACUUUUUUCUCCGAAAUUUCUCUUUCUUAGAAGUCUCAUUCACCACUGUCUGUAUUCCUAGAUUCUUAUACACUAUGACAACUGGAGAUAACACUGUUACCUAUAAUGCUUGUGCUACCCAAUUAUUUUUUGUUGUCCUUUUUGGAGCAACAGAAUUUUUCCUCCUGGCUGCCAUGUCCUAUGACCGCUAUGUGGCCAUUUGCAAGCCACUGCAUUAUACAACCAUCAUGAACAACAGAGUCUGCACUACAUUCGUCCUCUGCUGCUGGCUUGCUGGCCUGUUAAUCAUCCUCCCACCCCUUGGCAUAGGCCUUCAGCUAGAAUUCUGUGACUCAAAUGUGAUUGAUCAUUUUGGCUGUGAUGCAUCUCCCAUUCUACAGAUAACCUGCUCAGACACAGCAUUUAUAGAGAGAAUUGUGCUGAGUUUUGCUGUGCUCACACUCAUUAUCACCCUAGUAUGUGUAGUUCUCUCCUAUACAUACAUCAUCAAGACCAUUCUGAAAUUUCCUUCUGCCCAACAAAGGAAAAAGGCUUUUUCUACCUGCUCUUCCCAUAUGAUUGUGGUUUCCAUCACCUACGGUAGCUGCAUCUUUAUCUACAUCAAACCUUCAGCAAAGGAAGGAGUGGCCAUUAAUAAGGUGGUGUCUGUGCUCACUACUUCAGUAGCCCCUUUGCUUAACCCAUUUAUUUAUACACUUCGAAACAAACAAGUGAAAGAUGCGUUCAAAGACACAGUAAAACGGAUUGCACUUCUCCUAAAGUAA